AUGGUCAACUACCUUUCUACUCCAAUCGUCUCUCCCUCUACUACAACCAUGGCCUCCAAAGUCGGACUCGGUGUCCCGCUACCCCUUCUCGCACCAGCGACAGCAACUUGGGCUGCACCUUUCGCCUUGUACUACGUUUUCUUGCAGAAUCGCAUUGUCUUCCAUCGAGUUCGUUCGAACAACUUCACAAGUAAUACCACCGACCCAGAAAAAGGCAACAAUGACCCGCUUUACGUAGCCAACCGAGCACAAGUCAACUUUGCGGAAAACGUACCUUUGGUGCUUGCAGUAGCACUGCUCGCUGAGCUCAAUGGUGCUAGCAGGUCGUACAUCAAUUGGGCACUUGGCGCUCUCUUUGCGUUCCGUGUAGGUCAUGCUGAAUUCGGCCUGAUGCUGAAGGACUCGGCGGGAGUGGGGAGGCCCAUUGGCUACUUCGGUACCCAGGCUGUGCUGGUGGGAUUGUCCAGUUACGCGGCCUAUCUGAUCAAGGACUACUGGAUGAUUUGA